AAGGCCGCUCGGGAUUCCAGAUUCUUCUCGGAAGUGGAAUUGGAGAUGUCGGAGCUGCAGUUGCUGCAGCAGCUAGUUGUGGCUAGCAUCGGCUCCGUGAGGCAGAGGGCGUUAUAAUAAUAAUAAUAACACCCAUCGGACAGCCAUGCUUUAGGAGAACACGCAACUAAACAAACUACCGAAAUGCCACGAAGAUAAACAAGGCUCGUCGGGAGUUGAUUCAUCCACCAACCAUCACCACGGAGGAGCCGAGGUUUGACCACAUCACUGUGACUUCACACAUUCACACUUUUGGAACCAGCUGUUAUUGGAGGCUAAUUUGACCUUAAAGUAUCUGUUGCUACAGCGCCUUGGGCACCAAGAGGACUAUUUAGAGUAAUCAUGAAUCCCCACGAGUCAGACGUGCACACCAUCUCCCCUGAGCUGCCAGCCAUGUUUGACGGCAUGAAGCUGGCGGCGGUGGCCACGGUGCUCUACAUCAUCGUCCGCUGCUUGAAUCUCAAGAGUCCCACUGCGCCCCCGGACCUCACCUACCAGGACACAGCCCUCAACCGCUUCCUUCUCAAGUCCUGUCCUCAGCUGACCAAAGAGUACAUUCCUCCCUUACUGUGGGGUAAGAGCGGUCACCUCCAGACAGCGCUGUACGGCAAACUCGGUCGGGUGAGUUCACCACACCCCAGCGGAGUGAGGAAGUACUUACCCAUGCAGGAUGGGGCCACUGCGACCUUUGACCUCUUUGAGCCAAUGGGGGACCAUCGAACAGGAGAUGACAUCACCAUGGUGAUAUGCCCCGGUAUUGGUAACCAUAGUGAAAAGCAUUACAUCAGAACCUUUGUGGAUCACGCCCAGAGGGACGGUUACCGAUGCGCCGUGCUGAACCACCUAGGAGCUCUUCCCAACAUCGAGCUGACCUCUCCACGCAUGUUUACCUACGGGUGCACGUGGGAAUUUGCAUCCAUGGUCGGCUACAUUAAGCGGACGUAUCCUCAGACCCAGCUGAUCGUGGUGGGCUUCAGUCUGGGUGGAAACAUUGUGUGCAAGUUCCUGGGGGAGAACAGGACGAACCAGGAGCGAGUGCUGUGUUGUGUCAGCGUCUGUCAGGGGUACAGUGCUCUCAGAGCCCAGGAAACAUUCCUACAGUGGGACCAGUUCAGGCGUUUCUAUAACUUUCUCAUGGCUGACAACAUGAAGAAAAUCAUCCUCUCACACAGGCACAGUCUGUUUGGGGGAAGCUCAGUUAAAAUGAUAGAUGCAGAUCUCAGUCGGCUGUACACAGCGACGUCUCUCAUGCAGAUCGACGAUAACAUCAUGAGAAAAUUCCACGGCCACAGCUCUCUCAAAGAGUACUACGAGAAAGAGAGUUGUGUACAUUAUAUUCACAAUGUACAGGUGCCACUGCUGCUAGUGAACUCUGCAGAUGAUCCUCUGGUUCACGACUCACUGCUCACCAUCCCUCGCACACUAGCAGCAAAGAAGUCGAAUGUGAUCUUCUCCCUGACGCUACACGGAGGCCACCUGGGCUUCUUCGAGGGUGCGGUGCUCUUCCCUCAGCCCCUCACCUGGAUGGACAAAGUGAUUGUGGGUUACGCCAACGCCAUGUGCCAGUGGGAGAAACAGAAACCGCCGUGCCAAAGCGCACACCUGAGUGAGAGCUCCUGCACAAAGGAAAAAGCGUAAACGUUUUGACCUCUGUAUCCAUCUCACUCCCCCCCCCUCCUCUAACCUUUCACCUGACCACACCAGUCCAAGCACUGAGGAGACACCUGAACUAAACCUUAAACUGCUCUCUCUUCUUUGCCUUCUCCUCUGGUGCUACUCGCCACUCCUCACCCAGACCCCCCCCGUUCACACACAUCUCCACGCCUUCACCGCCCCCUCCCCUUUGUAAUCACGGUAUGUGAAGGAACAAAAACAACUAACUGCCUUUGUGCUCUUUUCCGUUCGCGAAGACUUUGAAUUCAGAGCAGGAACAUUUUGUUUCUCUUCAUGUACACAGCGACAAUGAUCCUUUGGCUUCGCGGAGGCGUCGACGAAAUAUGCCGAGACAUCGAAGUCGGAGCUGGCGUGAGAGCACCACUUUAGAGUAGCCCAGUGAAAAACAAGAGCACACAAGAAGCCUCCAGUUACUGUAAACAAAGGACCGUGCUGCAGUCAGUGCCCGUUUACGGCACCUGUAAAGAAGCUCACUGCUUAUCACCGCCAAGGCCCUAUAGCCUAGUCUGCUGUUUUAACCAACACAGCAUCUUUGUAGUAUGUAUGUAACUCACAAAUGUAGUGUCUGUAUGAGUCUGUGUGUGCCUGAGAGUUAAAGACCCGUGACGGAGCAUGUGAUCUUUGUGUUUGGUAGGAGCGAUCCAUAUUCUCUGUUCAUGGCCCUUUAUGAUGUUUGUUCUUUUUUGGGUGAAGUGUUGCUCUGUUGUUUGUAGAAAAUGUACAGUAGAAAAUUUAAGUAUUACGGUGGGAUUUUACACGUUAUUUCCAGCUCAUGACAUCCCUCUGGCACUUGAGAUGAAAGUGUUCAGUGCUUACAAGAGAUGACCGGGGAUCAACCCCAGAGGGGAUCCAUGCACAUUCCCACAGUCGCAUUUUAUCACUUUGAUUCAGUGCACUUUACAUCCUGUAUGACACAAUCUUUUUAUUUUAUUUUCCAUCGUUUGUCGAGGCGCAGGUAUGGAGGUUAUUGGUUGGUUUAGCUCUCCUUGUGACCGAGAGGAAGAACUGGAAGGGAGCGAGGAUGAUAACGAAAAAGUUAGAUGACUCCCUGUGUUGUCUUCUGUCUUUGAGCCCUCUUACUCUGUCAUCAGCCUUUGAUCAGCUGCAGGUCCAGCCAAGACUCCUGAUUAUCCUUCUCUUACCGCUCAGACACGGACCUGCCACUACCUACUGUACGUAGAGCUGUAAACAACCAAUCUGGUGCAAACAUGUUAAAUUUUUCCAGCACGUGAUCCUGUGGUGUCGGAUCUAGAAAAUUCAGCCGCCACUCUGGUGGUAAAGUUCAGCAGCUGCUUUAUAAUCUGAGCUGUGAGGUGUGAUGAGUAGGAGGGCAGAGGAUACCAACUCUAAACCAAAAGUUUUAUUUUAGUGUAUUAUUUGUAAAAUACUGGUGAUUGUUCUAUCGUAUAAUCAGAUGGAGAAGAGGCAGAUUUUAAUGCGAGGGGAUAUUUUUUGGUUUUGGCAUUGAAAGGCCUUUCUUCAUUUUCUUGACUGGUUUGAGCGUUAGCAGGGCUGGACUUGUCUUGAUGAAAUCAUACUGCAAUAAUGGGACCUGUGGACUUUUCAAAAACCUGAAUCUAAUUGAGAACUUUGUUUGCGAACCUCGUCGUAAGGGCUUAGGAAGCUUCUUCCAGUCCAGCCAAGUUAUCUGUCGUCUAAAACCUGCUACUGAACACUGUGAUGAGACAGACGGAUGUUUGAAACCAUGACAACAACUCUUUGUGUGAGGCUGUUUAAGCCUAGGUGUGUGUGUGUUAUCAGCCUUGGGUUUGAUAGUAUUUGCAUGUAGUAAAGUCUAUUUAAGUUGCAGGAAGGUCGGCAACCGCACCAACAAUCGAGGCUGAACAUCAUUUUUUUUGUUUACACUCAGAGAUGCCACUGAUUGCAUAAAAAACACGAGGAACGUCAUGUCCGUUCUGAAACAGUUUUGGUCAAUACUACUGUAAAAGUAAUUCUCGUCACUACUGAAAUCAGCUCAACAGUUCAUGAAUGUGUUGUCUUCAAUUUAACCUCCUGUUGUUGGAGGUUAUUCUGUGCAAAUACUAUAAAACCCAGGUAUUAAUCUCACCAACGCUCUGUGGGGUUAUGUCACAAAAAAGGGACUCAUUGAUCUCAACUCAGGGUAUCUGCCAGUAUCAGUCACCGAUACGAUACCAGUGCCCUCCUUCGUCCCACACUGAACAUCCUCAUUGUGUGAAACUAAUUUUUAUGUACUGUAAGUUAAAGUGAGACUGUGGCAGUAAGUCAGCAGCCCGCCAUGACUGAAUUCAUCAAACCUAACACAAGUUUUACGAUGGUGAAACUUUAUUUAACGCGGAUCAGUGGCCGAUAUCUGAUCCAGUUAGCGUUUGGAUUGGCGUCUGCUUCUUAAAGACUUUUCAUCCUGCAGUGCUCAAACCACAAAUCACCGUUGCCAUCUGUCGUCAGCGAGACCAAACUACAACUGCCAGUCAUUCAUGGCAAACGUCUCACCUCUCAUUUGACCUGCAGAGAGAUCAUAAUACGGUUCAUGGUUCACUCUGUCCACAGCUCUCAUUUCAACACAAUCAGGUGUGGUUUGAAUUUAUUCGGGGCUCGUAGGAAAUCAGACGAAUCUCGACGACGACACCAGCACAAACCCGGUUUCUGCAGUCAGAGCCAUUAGUGUUCUUUUCAAGAGUUUUGCCUCCCCACAACUUUGCACAAAAAAAUGCAGGUUUGGAUGUAUUAUUUGGAUGUAAUUUUUUUCUAUUCAAUUAUUUUGGGUAUAUAAAUAUUUUUUUUUUUUUGUAUUUUGUAUUGUUAAUAUGACUUCUUGUGUUAUUUAAUAUAUCAGGGUGUGAGUGUUGAUGAGCACGCGUAUACUGGUGCCAUAAAUCACCACCUCUGGUUGACAAAAACCAAAACUUAUUCACUUUAACAAUGGAAAAAGAUAAAAUAUAUAAAGAUAAAGUGUAUAAUCAAAUAUUUGAGGGAACAGAUGUGGAAAAUAAAAGGCAAUAACCAACCUGGAGGGAUUCUCUUGUCAUUUAAAUGUGACAGGAAGUAGUGUCAACGUACAUUAGACCAAAACAGUGCAUAUGCGUUAAGAUUUUCUCACUUAGUGUGGGAUCGGAAAUGUUGUUUUACUGUGUUGAUAUGAGAACAUGCUCCGCUGUAUUUAUCCUAACCCCAGUGAUCGAAGCAUCUUUUUAUCUGUCAAGAUUGUGGGCUCGUGUUUAAUUGCUUGGUAACCAGAAAAAUUCAAAUAUAAAUAAUAAAAAAAAUCACCUUUAAUUUGUAAUCAGCCCAAACAAAGUGGAUGGCAGCCCACAAUGUGUCAUUAUACAGCUUUAAUUUUGAUCCUGAAAAACGGUCGGUGGCGACGAUGAGUAGAAAGGGGGCCACACAUAGUCACACAACAUGAUGUACUCUGAUGAUGAACACUGGGUGUUUUUUUUAUUUUGUUUUAUUUUAUUUUAUUUUAUUUUAUUUUGUUGAAGAAAACCAGUGGUGUGUGUGAUCUAAUUAUGUGAGGAAAUAUGGUUAUUGUGUUCCAAAAUAAAUUAUUUUCUCAAAA